AUGUUCCGGCCGAGUCUAUUCCGAGGUUUGAGCGCGGACUCAUCUGAUGGAUACGACCUCGACAGGAGCCGGCGAGCGUCGCUCAGCGCUGAGCAACGUCGCCGGCUGAGCAUGCUCAGGACGGCCAGCGUGCCCUCGCCCUCCACGCCGGUGAGCCACAUUUACCAUAUGGUCCCCUGCCCGAGAAAAUGUUGUCACCAGGGCGACUUGAGUCAGCAGGACAAGAGAUGUGUUUUCCUGACGGUACAUGACCUCGGCACUAACCAUUCAUCGAUGGUAGACUUCGUGAACAGUCCCGCUAUGUCAGAGAUCAAGGAGAGGUCGUGUUUCAUCCACGUCGAUGUUCCAGGACACGAGGAGAACUCACCGGAUUUACCAGAAUCCUAUCCGUUCCCGUCCUUACAAACCCUGGGUGAGGACCUCAUAACGGUGCUGGACUUCCUCCACGUGCGUUACGCCGUGGGUGUAGGUGAAGGCGCGGGAGCAAAUGUAUUAGCUCGCUGCGGGCUGGCUCACCCUCGCAGGCUGCUAGGACUAGUGUUGGUGAACUGCACCGCUUCAACCUCCUCAGUAGCAGACGCCUUCCGCAGCCGGUUCUCGAGGUGGCGUGGAACAGAUAUAUCACAGUCUGAAGAAGAUUUCCUCAUCUACCACAAGUUCGGACACGUGAGUCAUGAGACCAUUCUUUACGAGUAUCAGCAAAUAUCGAGUGACUCUCUGUCGGCGGGUGAGAGAGAGCGUAUGUUAGCUGAGUACAGAUCUCGUCUGCGCGGAAACCUUAACACACACAACAUUAAGCAGUACGUGCGAGCCUUCAUCAAUCGCAAGGACCUCGUACUGAAGGGCUGUCAGCCUGACCUACUUCUCAUCACGGGGACCCUUAGCCCUUACUCGUCAGUAGUGGAGCGUUUGUACCGAGAGUUGGAUAAAGAUAAAGUCACAAUUCUUAAAGUGGAUAAGGUCGGGGACGUGUUGGCCGAAGCCCCGGCCAAAGUGGCACAGUCGCUGCUACUAUUCUGCCAAGGACAGAGUAUGCUGACGUCACUCCCUCCCCCCGGGGUCGAGCGGCGGAUGUCACGAGCCAUGUCUAUGGAGGAAUACGACAAACCGAACAUAAGGAGGCUGUCACUCACACCGUCAAAUACAGACUCACCGCCGCUGAGGAAACUAUAG